AUGGCAGGGGGAAGAAGUUCAGGUAGUGGUGGAAACGAUUUGAAUGAAGUAGUGAGGCAAUUGGCAGUAGUUGCCCAACAACUGGCAAGUAAUUCAACUGGUAAUGGGGAUGCUCAAGGGGAGCUCUUUAAAAAGGUGGCGCAAAGCAAGCCACCAACCUAUCAGGGCGAGCCUGACCCUGUUGUGUUGGAAAACUGGUUAAGGGAAUUUGAGAAACUAUUUGGAGCUAUGGGAUGCCCUAAAACUCAAAAGAUGGACAAGAUGACAGUUACGGAAUACUACACCAAGUUUAUUGAAUUAUCCCGUUUUGCUGAAGGGUCUGUCUCUACGGAGAAAGCAAAAGCUAGGAAGUUUGAGAGUGGGUUAACUACUGAUUUGCAGUUAAAGCUGUGCAGGGAGGUAUUUGAGACCCUAAAUGAAGUAUAUGGAAGGGCCGCACACCUUUAUGCUCUGGAAGAAAAGAAGAAGAAAGAGUUAGCUGAAAUAGAAGGAAGAGAGAAUAGGAAGGAAGUGGGACAAGUUUCUGGAAACCAACAGGGAAACCAAAAUGCUUUUAAGAAACAGAAGUGCAAGAAUAACUACCCUGGAUUACUUGUUGUUUGUCGUGAGGGCAAUGCGGUCACUUGUCGUUUUUGUAAUAAGCUCGGGCAUAGAGAAUAUGAGUGUUUCUCCAAGAAUAGUAAUGGGAACAGGAAAAACAAUAAUAAUUCAGGGGUAAACCAAAGGAAUUUCCAACAGAACAACAACAACUUUGCUGGGAACAAGGGAGUGCAACAAAAUGGGGCAAGGAACAUUAACACUACCAGUGGGAAUAACCAGCAGAAGAUUGGAACUGCAGGGAAACUGAAUUUUCUGAGUAAGCAUGAGGUGGAUGCCACGAAAGAUGUUAUCACUGGUACUUUUUCUAUUAACUCUAUUCCUGUUAAAGUAUUGUUUGAUUCUGGUGCAACUUUUUCUUUUAUUUCUAAGGCUGUUGUUGCAAAACUUAAAGACUGCUUAAAGACAGUAGAGGUAGUAGAUUUACCAAUAACCAUUCCGACAGGUGGGAUAGUAAAUUGUACCACAACUUUUAGAAAUGUGCCUUUAGAAAUAGAGGGAAAGAUAUUUUCGUCUGAACUUAUUGAGUUCGGGCUAAGCGACUUUGACCUUAUUUUGGGGAUGGACUGGCUGAGUAAUUAUAAUGCUGAGAUUAGUUGUAGAUCACAGAAAGUGAAGAUGGUCACAAGUGGAAAUGAAUCAGUGACUUACUGGAUGAAUGGUAAAACCAAGUAUCCAAGGGUAAUAUCAGUGCUAAAAUUAGCAAAGUACAUGGAGAAGGAACAUCCAGUAUAUUUCUGCAGUGUUAAGGAUAUGAACCAUGAACAAGUGACAAAUCCAGAAAAUAUAGAAGUGGUCAACGAAUUUCUGGAUAUUUAG